AUGAUUUUUUCUCUCCACCGUAGAACGAUGAUCCCCGAAGAAGAAGCUGAGCCGCCGCAUAAAAAGACGAAGAAGCUUCCACCACCGCUACAUCUUGCACCAUGUCAGUCGAUGACGUUGUCUUCACUUCCAAACGAACUCAUCGUUAACUGCUUGGCACGUAUCUCUAUAUCCCAUUACCCUUCACUCUCCCUCGUCUCCAAAACAUUUCGUUCUCUCAUCUCUUCUGAAGAUCUCUACGCUGCGCGAUCUCAACUCGGAACCACCGAGAUCUGGGGCCUCUAUAUCUAUCUACGGUUUUCCACCGUACCAUCCGAGGAGCCAACCCCACGCUGGUUCCGUCUCAGUGCCAUCAAACCUAAUCGAAACGAAAUUUUCUAUGGUGGGAGAACUGUGAAUCGCUUCGUUCCUUCUUAUAUUUAUCUUCCGCAUUCAAACUCAACCCUAACCCUAUCCAUCGGUUGGAAGAUCUAUGGUGAAUACAUGGCCGAGAACUUUGGUCCAUCUUCAGCUAUAUGGGUAUUCGACUCUCGGAGCCGCACGCGGGUACAUGUCCGCCCUAACAUGAAGAUGAAGAGGAAACACGCGUCCUCAUGUGUCCUUGAUGAUAAGAUUUAUGUAAUGGGAGGAUGUGACCCUUCUUGUGGGGACAUAAACUGGUUCGAGAUGUAUGACAUAAAGACUAAGACUUGGAGGACCUUACCGGAGAAUCCUGACAUUAAGGUGAGGCUUGGAGAUAAUGUAGCUCGAAAGAUCGAUGUAGUGGAAGGAAAGAUUUACGUAAAGACUGAGGCUGGGGUUGAGGAUUGGAUUUAUGAUGUGAAGGAAGGUAAGUGGAGUGUUGCUGAGGAGCAGUUGAGCCUACUCUGGUCGAAAUCUUGGUGUGUGAUUGACAAUGUGAUGUAUUGUUACUCUUGCGCUAGAUACAAGUGGUAUGAUUUUGAGGCUAGAGAGUGGAGAGAUGUGAAAGGUUUGGAAUCAUUGAAAAAGCACCGUACUGCUAGUACUGAUUUCCGUAAUUGUAUGGUUGAAUUAGUUAAUUGUGGUGGGAAGCUCGUUAUCCUUUGGGAUAGGUUUCAGCGGCCUGGUCGUAGUCACAACAAGAAUAUUUGGUGUGCGAUGGUUGCGCUCGAAAAAGGCUUUGGAGGUGCGGUUUGGGGGAAGAUUGAGUGGGUUAAUGUUGUGCUUACGGUCCCCAAGUCAUAUAACUUCUUGCGUUGUAUAGCCCUUUCGGUUUGAUGACUCUUAAUGAUCACUUGUAGAGUCAUCAUUUUGCUUUUAAAAAUUUGUACUAUGUUUUCUGUUGGUGAUAUACCGUCUAAGUGUCUAGCAUCUUAAAUGGCUGUUCCAAUUUGCAUUUUAUAUUGGUUUGAGAAUAAUAGAUAGAG